AUGCAUUCUUGCUUGAACUUGCUGUCCCCGCUCCUCGGUCCAUUAACGAGUUCUGUCACCCCGCCUGCCAUUCAGUCUAGUCUCAAGGAGCUUGUUACUCCACUCUCAGAAACGCUCGAGCAUUUUCGCCAGAGCUCAAACGGUUCAUCUGCAGCCGAAGAUCCUAUGGAUCUGGACGACCGAUUCAUGGCCGAAACCCCAAUAGCGACUGAUGAGACUAUUCUGACCUUGAAUCGAAAUUCUCUGUCUGUCUUCCUUGACCCUGUCACAUAUCAACGUUGUAUAACCAUCCAACUCUCGGUAUUUCUCAGAACCCAAGCAGAUUCUGACUCGUCAUCUGUCGUUGAUUACUUGACAAGCUUAGAUGAAGCCGAUAUCCUGGCAGCCCAAGCCAUUUUACCUGGAAUUUUCCAGGUCCGCUCGAAAUCGGAGCCUUCGGAACUGCUCUCCAUCUUGGAAGAUCUGGGUGAAAAGUGUCUGCAGUCUUAUGAAAUGGAGCGGUGUGAGGCUUCGCAUUGCGUUUGCAUCCGCAUGAUGACCAGCUUUGUCGAGUCCUGGACAAAAGGGCCUGACGAUACCUUGAAAGAGUCGGCUAUGGACUUGUAUCAUUGGUUUAUGGAAGUUCUCUUGGCCCGCAGAAGAGCUUCUCCGAAGGUCUACAUUGCCUUAGCCGAGCUCAUCCAAGGGGUGAUUGGCACAUGCCCCUCAUUCGGCAAUGAGCAGUCUCUUCCGUCGCCACGAACAGGUUUGUUCACAAUCCUCCGAGAGGGGAAUGUUCAGGUCAAAUUCAGCGUUGCAGAAUUUAUCCCUGCUUUAUUUGAGCGGUUCCUUCUUAAAGACCACGAUGCCAUCUUCGAUGAUGUGUUGGAAAGCUUACCACGAGACCCGGAAUGGAUCGAGGGAAUUGCAGUCCGCCUUUUUGUGCUCUCGCAGUUGGCUUCCAGAUGGCACACUUUGCUGCGAAGAAGCAUCUACCAUCUAUUUGAAACCCCAGCUCAAGUGCCACUGUCACUUUGGUAUGCCGAGAGAUGUAUGAUCACUGUUUCUCAGACCCUUGGUCUGCAAGACGCCAAAGAACUUUUUCGACUUUUCUCGUCUCAAAUACUUUACACAUGGACCGAGACACAGAGUAUCAUGUCUAUGCCAUUUAGUAUAUUCGGGUAUGCCAGCCUUGAAAACAUGCUGGUGGACGUCAAAGAUGAAAUCGUUGGGCAAAUGAUGAUGCGUGCCAAAGAACAGGAGACAACUGAGCUUGCGAAACACCUCCAGAUUCCACAUCUCGAGCUUUUGGCAGCCUCUUUUCACAGGGCCGAGGCAUACAGCAUUGCACGAGAUAUCAGUACUCCUCCAGGGCAAGGUAGUCAGCCCAAGGGCGUUGAGAUCCGUCUACGCAAACUUCUCGGGGCCGACCAGUUCAUCACACAAAUCGAGAGCCAGUUUCCCCUAAUUAUUGCUACGUUUUUCAAAUCCCUCGACUACUAUGAGCAGAUGGAACGAGCAUUCUCAAAGCGUGAAAACUUCGGUUAUGCGCUCGACAUUCAGACGCAAAUAAUCAACAAAAGCGCGUCUCAAAAUGCACUGCCAGCAAACCAACAGCCCUCCUUUCGAGCACGCUAUCUCCUGGAUGAGAUUGAGUUUCUUUGCGGACGCACUGGGUUUGAAUUUGAGUCGAUAUGGACGCCAUCACUGGUGUCAUUUGUCUGCCGUUCGCUGCUUGAAUCCAUACAUCCCGCCCUUGGUUCUCUUCAUGCUUGUUCUGUGAUCCGCAAAAUAAGAAUCCUAACAUGUGUGGCUGGUCCCAUCAUGCUUCAAGACUAUCCUCUAGAGAUGACACUUAGCUCUUUGCGGCCUUUCCUUGCCGACAUUCACUGUUCCGAGGAUGCUCUUGGGGUUUUCUGGUAUCUACUCGAGGCAGGGAAAGCAUACCUCAAGGUGGCACCAGGAUUCACUGCAGGUAUUGCUGUCUCAACACUGGUCACUCUCCGCAGAAUAUUUUCGUCGCUACCUGAGAACACAGCUCAGGAAAGUCAGCUCAAAUCAGUGCAGUCAAACGCGAAGGAAUUCUAUCAAUGGCUGGUCGAGCUCCUUGGAGAGCUCCGUUCAUCUGAUUCGGAUACAGAGACGAAAAUAUCAUUCGAUCGGCUUGUCUCACUAGCUGAGAAAUUCUCAGCCUCUGAAGACUCUUCGGGCGGACAGAUUGGGAAGGAUUUGGUCUUUGAAGUUCUCAAAGACCGCGAUGCUGUGACUCCGCUGUUGAGCAAGCCUGUGGCGGAUCUUGUUCUGUCGCUCUUAUGUCCCGAAUUUGAGCAGACAUCCGACACUGGGAAUUGGGUCUCAAACGAAGAGGUGGAUCCCGUUUCCCAUGUCGUAUCUCUAUGGCACACACUUCAAAAUUCCAAUGGAGGACCUCAGUAUCGACUUUGGGCCGCUCGGGUCAUCGGAAGGUCCUUCGCUGCCACAGGGAAAAUCGAUCAAUUGCUCCUGCGAGAACAGGAUCUCUCACUAUUUCAAUCUCCCGACUCUUCUUUGUCGUCUGAUAUUUUCUGCCAUUCUAAGGCCAGAAUUCUUCGGGUGCUUUGCGAUAUGCUACACGUUCAAAAGCAUUUCGAAGCUGGUCUGGUUGAGCGUACCUUGCAGCUGAUCGUCAGUAAAAUCGCACAUUAUCCAGAUUUCCAAGGUUGCAGCGAGGCCAUUCCCGAAUCUCUGAUGAAGGCCCUUAUCUGGCACCCAUACACAUGUCCCGCCGUUUUACUUUCAAAUUCGGAGCAGGAGAGAUGCGAAAAUGCAAAAACUAGCGCCUCAGGGCUCUCAGUAUCUGACUGGGCGCGCAGUAUUUCCCUGUUCUUAUCGAACGCUGCUUUAGAAGACCCUGUCAUUGGCUCUCUUCGCAAAGUUCUCAACGUGACUCCUGGCUUAGCAGUGCAGCUGUUGCCAUACGUGGUUCAUGAUGUUUUGCUGUCAGAAAGGGAUGAUAAAGGUGAAAAGGGGGAGGUCCGAGAAGAUAUCUCUGCUGCUUUCCAACAGGUAUUAUGUGAUAUUGGCGAGGAAACAUUGCCUCACGCUCGGCUUGUGAUCAACUGCAUCCUCUACCUUCGGGACCAACCCGUGCCAGAUGAGUCAACGAUCGUCCAGCGCGAUAAAUGGCUUGAUAUUGACUUCGGAGAGGCAUCUUUGGCUGCACAUCGCUGCGGUCUACACAAAACUUCGCUCCUUUUCCUGGAAAUACAAACAUCCCGAGUGGUUACGACGUCGCGUCGAUCAUCUGUUGUUAGAUUCGAGCCACCGCCUGCUCUACUACAUGAUGUUUUCAAAAACAUUGAUGACCCAGACUUGUUCUACGGCAUUCAGCAGAGCUCAUCUUUGACCAGUGUCAUGGAACGGCUAGAGUAUGAAGGCUCCGGAUUCAAAAACCUCCUAUUCCAGAGCGCAAAAUACGACAGUGAAAUCCAGAUGUCUGACAAUGCAGAAUCAUACGGUGUGUUGAAGGCUUUGAAUGCUACCAACCUUCAAGGUAUUGCCAAUACAAUGCUCUCUGCCUCCAACAGUGCAAACGAUGCCCCUGUCGCCUUUAACAGCAUGUUGCAAGCUGCAACUAGCCUUCAAAAAUGGGAUAUUCCAGUAUCACCUUUGGAUUCCUCCCCAUCCGCCACUGUAUUCCGUACAUUCCAAAGCCUCAAUACCUCAGGUUCUCUGCUCGAGGCCACUGGCUCAAUCGAAAGCGGUCUGUUGACAACACUCGGUUCUCUUCUCAAGACCAGUGGGUCCGCUAUUCAGUUGCGAAGCUCAAUGCGCGCGUUGGGAAUUAUGACUGAGAUCAGCGACACUUUGCACUCCGCAUGUUCUGAAGAUAUGGAGGAAGGAUGGCUGAAUAUUAUGGCGAGAAGCAAUUGGUUGAAGACCGAAAGGAAAAAUGACAUCCUCAAAUCACGGGCAAAACUAAGUCUCGCAGAUUCGCGACUUCUAGAAGCGAAAGUCAUUCGACGAUCAUUGGAAGUCACAAGAACGCAUGGCAUCUCCCAGGCAUCGCUCAAAUCUGCAAUGAGCCUUUCGAAGCUUGCCGAACCGUGUGCAGCGUUGGGAAUGAACAUUGACGGAGCUGCGAAAUUCGAUCUUGCGAAUGUCCUGUGGGAUCAAGGAGAGAUGACCGCGUCCAUUCGCAUGCUCCAGCAACUGAAGGGCCAGAAUGACCUUCAUAAGCAGGCCAUCCCUCUCAGUCGGGCCGAACUUCUUGUGACUUUGGGUCACCACGUUGCUGAAGCACGCUUGGAAAAGCCUGACUCGAUUCUUCAAGAAUACCUAUACCCCGCGGUCAAGGAAUUGAAAGGAAGCUCAGAUGGAGAAGAGGCUGGACGGGUCUAUCAUGGGUUUGCAACCUUUUGCGAUCAACAGCUUCUGAACCCUGACGGGCUCGAGGAUUUCAAGCGAGUGGAACAACUGCGUGACCGCAAGGAGAAAGAGGUCCUUGGCUUGGAAGACAUGAUGAAGAAUGCCACGGGCAAGGAGAGGAAUACUUGA